GUUCAAAUAAGAAGCUGAGAAAAUGAAUAGAGUUUAGGAGGCGUGACACUGUUUUUGAUGAUUAGAAGUACCAUGAAAGAAAACGAAACUGAAGAAUUAGGAAAUGUUGGUUCUAGUAAAAUGCAAGUACCGUUCAGCAUUAAUGUUUCUAGCAACAACACAAAUCAUGAAACAAGUAAAAAUGAACUAAACAAAGCUUCUUUGAUGCAUGAAAACAGUAGGUUUGAAGGUGUUGGAGUGAGGUUCAAAGCCAAGCUGAUUGGUGUAGAGCACGUGAAUGAAGCUAGGGGGAAGGUUAUAUGUCAGACAUCUCUUCAGAAACUUAAGGAUGCUAUAAAACGAACAAAAGGACAUAAAAAAAGAAUUACCUUGAAUAUAUCAUUCGAUGGGAUGAAGAUAUGUGAAGAAAAGUCAGAGCAACUGAUGUAUCACCACCUUGUCCAUGAAAUUUCCUUCAUUUCUCAAGAUCCAGUAGACAACAGAUCUUUUGGUUACAUUUUUGGUUCACCAGAUACAGGUCAUCAGUUCAUUGCUAUCAAAACUGAAAAACCGGCUUCAGCGGUUACACUUGUAUUAAGGGACUUGUUUCAAACUGUUCUUGAGAAGAAAAACAAAGAAUUUAUUCAAGCUGACAAAGAAGAUUUGCAGAGAGCUGUCAACAAGUCAGAAUCUGAUCUCAUGCUGUCCACUGAUAGAAAUGUCACAGAAGAAGCCACAGUAACAGACUCACCUAAUCUAGAAAGUGAAUCAAACACUAGGCAUCAAAAACAACAAGAAGAAAGCCCGCUCCAAUCAUUUGACCAGCCAUCUCCUACGAAGCAAGAAGUCGUUAAUCAGUUGAAAGAAGGCUCAAUGAUGUUUGAUAGUGGAGCUUCGGCUGAAAAAGAUGGUGCUGGAGUUACUAGUUUUGUACAAGUUGAUUCUUCAAAUCCACAGCCAGGAAAGUCUUCUAAUGGAAUGGAGAAAACUAGUCAUGCUACAUCUGGCCGUAAUUUAGAUUCUUCUAAACAAUCUCAGUCUAUGUUCUACGUUCUAACCGAGCUAGAUUCUCUGUCAGGUCAUGAUAAAGUAGCCUCAGCAACUAAUCAUGUGAACAUGCUAGAAACUUCACAGAAAGACACACGAGGGAAUGACAUGAUUGAGAGUAGAAUAGAAAAUGUUUCACCUCUUGAAGUGAGUAAAGAAAAUAAUAGUAAAAAGUCUUUCAAGUCUCCUUGUGUUAAUAUGUUUGUGCCAUCAUCACCAUCCAUGUCAUCCCAUUCCUCUGAAUCUAGCAAAGAGUCAUCGUCCUCAUUGUCUUGGGUACAGUUUGUAGAUGAACCCACUUGUCACUUGAAGACUGUUGUAGGUCAGGACUCUAGUUACUCCUACCUUUCAACAUCUUGCAAGCCUAAUGCUCUGUCAUUUUCUAGUAACCAAAUUCCUGAUGUAAGGCAGUCAGUUGAUAUAGAUAAGAGAAGUGAAACAAAGCAUCAAGUUCAAAACAGUUCAUCUUUAGAAAAAAAAAUGUGUUCUUCAUCCUUACCACAUUUUGAUGAAUCAGUCAUUUUUGCACAUUCAUAUAUUUUGGAAAAACCAAAGUUUUUUAGAGACACUGAUAGUAUAAGUCAUCCAGCUAUUUCUCCAGAAUGUGAUGUGACAGAAGUAUCAGCUGUUAAUAUUAACGAACCAACAACUACUAAGAAAGUUCUAAUCUCUGACAUCACAGACACAUUAUCUAACCACAUUACAGAUAAAUGUAGAGUCUCAAUAAGUACAGAUAAUUCAUUUUUUCCUCUAGUUCCAGAUAGACCUAAAGCUUCUUCAGUCUCAGAAACUACAGAUAAACCAACAGCUUCACAUCUUCCAACUAUUACAACAGAACCUACAUUUCUUGAACAUGUAUCUCAUCCAGUACUUGCAGAUGAUCAGAUUCUUGGAGAAAUGUCAACAAUGAAACAUAAAAAAACAAGUUUUUUUCUAGAUAAUCAACCUGCUUCAGUAGAACUGCUUAGGGCAACAGUUCCUGUAGCUGUAGAUAGAGAUAGCACAUCAGUUCCAAUAGCUGUAGAUAGGGAUAGAAUAAUAGUUCCAAUAGCUCCAGAUAGAGAUAGCACAUCAGUUCCAGUAGUUCCAGAUAGAAAUGUAACAACAGUUCCAGUAGCUGUAGAUAGAGAUAAAACAACAGUUCCAAUAGCUGUAGAUAAAGAUAGCACAUCAGUUCCAGUAGAUAAAGAUAGCACAUUAGUUCCAAUAGCUGUAGAUAGAGAUAGCAUAUCAGUUCCAAUAGCUCUAGAUAGAGAUAGCACAUCAGUUCCAAUAGCUGUAGAUAGAGAUGAAACAACAGUUCCAUUAGUUCCAGAUAGAAAUGUAACAACAAUUCCAAUAGCUCCAGAUAGAAAUAGCACAUCAGUUCCGAUAGUUCCAGAAAGAGGUUGGUCAACAGUUCCAGUAGUUCCAGAUAGAGAUAAAACAACAGUUCCAAUAGCUAAAGAUAGCACAAUAGUUCUCUCAGCUUCAGACAGAGAUAGCAUAACAGUUCCAGUAGUUCCAGAAAGAGAUUGGGCAACAGUUCCAAUAGCUCUAGAUAAAGAUAGGAAAACAGUUCCAAUAGCUCCAUAUAAGACAAAUUCCACAUUUUAUGACAAAAAAUCAAUUACAAUGGUUCCUGUGCUUCCAACUAGAACAUCACUUCCUUUAGUUCCUGAGAGGACAUCAGUUCCAGUAAUCCCAGAAAGGAUAUCCGUUCCAACAUUUCCACAAAGACUAAUAGCUGUAGGAGAUUCAGGUAAAGCAACACUAGUUUCAGGGGAAGAAAAGCUUCGAGAAGUUUCUUUUCCAAAUAAAGAUUUGAAUAGUAAAGAAUCGGAAUCCUACUCCAUCAGUGACUCAGAAAUGUUGAAAAAAGAAAAAUUUGCUUUUGACUUAGAACUUAAUAUUUCUCAAUCUGAAGAUGGUAAAUAUCCUAAUGCAGUUUUUACUGUAGCCACAACAACCCCACCCCCUUUACCCCCCAGGCCUCAGUCUCUGAACAAGUCUGCUAGUCUAAGUGCUAUAAAUGGGACAGAGUCCUUUAGCAGGACAGAGAAUGCGGUAACUUUAUCUGAAGCUAAUACUCCUGACUUCCAACAUAGUUCUGAUUUCUGUGAAAAUGCUGUAGGUAUCAAACCUCAUUGUGCAAGAGCUAAUAGCUCUCUCUCACGUUAUGAAGGCCACACUGACUCUCCAUCAUCUUUUGUGAACAUAAAUAGUUCUCCAUGUGUUGAAAUUCAUAAAUGUUUUUCAUCUCUGUCAGACCCUUUACACCCUUCAUUACUUUUGUUGGAUACCAGUGAUUCACCUAACUUAUAUGGAAGUGAUAAAAAACUACAUUACUCCAAUAAUAUAAAUAAGUCACCAACCAUAGAUACUCCGAGCAUCUUUGAGAGAAGAACUAAUCCUUUUGAUGAUGACUUCUUCACACAGACUGCUACAAAUGAAACAAGUCGUUCACUACCAGCUACUAUAAAAUGGAACAAUAAAAGAAUGGAAUGAUAAAAGCAAGUCUAUCAACUUGUUUAAAUGGAUGGGUCAUUGUAGAGGACAAAGCACAAGAGUGAAAUGAGAAUGAAGGUAUUUCUACUAAUCUCCACUCAAUGGUUCAGUCAAUUUUGGACAUUUAAGUUGUCAGUGCAACUUCACGUGAAAAUUAGGGAUACAGAAUUAAUCUCCAGGAAUAAACCUUUGCUUGAUUAGGAACACAAACUUAAUCUUGGUAAGAAAACCUUUGCUUGAUUAAGAACACAAACUCAGUCUCCAAGAAAACAUUUGCUGUAAGUGAAUUGUGAUAUUGUACAUGUAUUGAAAAGGUGG